AUGGUGGCGUUUGUCGAGACUGUGGUGGUGUUUAUCAAGACCGUGUUGGCUUUGAUAGGGACCGUGGUGAGUGACGGUAGGGACCGUGGUGAUGAUGGUACGGACCGUGUUGAUGAUGGUAGGGGCUGCAGUGAUGAUGAUGAUGGUAGGGGCCGCAGUGAUGAUAAUAGUAGGGGCCGUAGUGAUGGCGACAGGGACCGUGGUGAUGAUGGUAUGAACCGUGGUCAUGAUUUUAGGGAGUGUGUUGAUGAUGGUAGGGACCGGUGGUUGUGUUGGAAGCGGGACCGUGGUGACGACGGUAGGGACCGUGGUGAUGAUGGUAGGGGCCGUGUUGAUGAUGGUAGGGGCUCCAGUGAUGAUGAUGAUGAUGAUGAUGAUGAUGAUGAUGGUAGGGGCCGCAGUGAUGAUGAUGGUAGGGUCCGUAGUGAAGGCGACAGGGACCGUGGUGAUGAUGGUAUUAACCGUGGUCAUGACUUAGGGAGUGUGCUGAUGAUGGACCGUGGUGAUGAUGGCAGGGACUGUGGUUAUGAUGGUAGGGACCGUGGUGGUGGUGUAGGUGGUGGCGGUAGAGACCGUGGUAAUGAUGGUAGGGACCGUGGUGAUGAUGGUAUAGACCGUGGUGAUGAUGGUCGGGACCGUGAUGAUGAUGAUAGGGACCGUGGUGAUGAUGGUCGGGACCGUCAUGAUGAUGGUCGGGACCGUAGUAAUAAUGGUAGGGACCGUCGUGAUGAUGGUAGGGACCGUGAUGAUGAUGAUGAUGGUAGGAACCACGGUUGUGAUGGUAGGGACCGUGGUGGUCGUGAAAGGGACCGUGGUGAUGAUGGUAGAGACCGUUGUCUUGUUGGUAGGGAUCGUGGUGAUGAUGGUAGGGACCGUGGUGAAAGUAGGGACCUUGGUGAUGAUUGUCGGGACCGUGGUGAUGAUGAUGGUACGUAG